CCCAAACCCUGCCCAAAACCCGUCAACGCGAGUUGGGUUGGGUGGGUACCCCUGGCGUCGAGUUUUGUUGCCAUCCCUAAUUAUAUGGACCCAUUAUGCAUUAACCCUACUGAAAGGAAUUAAAUUGAAUUCUAGAUGUCCCAUCAUCACCCAUUGCCUGUUCGCAGAUGAUACAGUUAUUUUUGGGAAUGCCAACAUUCAAGAAGCAGGGAAAAUUCUUGAUCUUAUCAGCAAUUAUGGAGCAAUUACUGGACAAGAAGUGAAUAUCAACAAGUCGUCUGUAUUCUUCAGUGCUAAUGUCCCAGAUGAUGACAAAGCCUCCAUCAUUGCCCGCUUGGGCUUUGCCUCAUCAAACUCACACUCUAAAUAUCUUGGGGUUCCGACUGAAUGGGGUAAUUCGAAAAAAGAAAUUUUUAGCUUCCUCAUUCAAAGAAUGGAAAAGAUGGGGGAAGCUUGGAAGAGCCUUCUGUUAUCGCACGGGGGGGAAAGAAAUUCUGCUCAAGGCCGUGAUACAGGCUAUCCCAUCAUACAUCAUGUAUCUCUUCCACCUCCCGGUGAAUCUUACCAAGAAAAUGGACUCUCUCCUGGCCAACUUCUUCUAGUCGGGGUCAAUGCAGAAAAGUAGCUUGCACUGGUGUAGAAAGGAGGUACUCACUUCUCUGAAAUCAGAAGGGGGAUUGGGCUUCCGGAGUUUUAAAGAUUUCAACAUGGCACUUUUGUCAAAACAGGCUUGGCGCCUCCUAUCUUCCCCUGAUUCCCUUUGGAGCCACCUCCUUAAGGGACUCUAUUUUCCGCGAGGAGACUUCAUGAAAGCAAAGAAGGGAAGUAGAGCCUCUUGGAUAUGGGCUAGCCUCUGGGAGGCCAGAAAAGUCUUGAACUUGGGAGCGAUUAAGUUCAUUGGUUCGGGAGAUGAUACUUGGGUAGGACAAGACCCAUGGAUUCCCAAUCUUCAAAUGUUCACCAUUUUAAGUGGGCCCAACAUCAGAUUAAGGUCAAGGAUUGGAUUGAUCAGGAGAAUAGAUGUUGGAACUCAUAUUUUUUUUCAAGGCCACGUUUCGGAGGCGGAAUUAAAUGCCAUUCUGAGAGUUCCGAUUAGGGAGGAAGGAGCUGAUGAUUUUUGGGCAUGGAUUCUCACAAAAGAGGGAAUGUUCUCGGUUAAGACGGCUUACCACGCUUUUCACAAAGCAAACACAAACUAUCAACCGAUGGGAAACGCUGACAAAUGAAAAUGGAUGUGGAGUUUAAACCUCCCACCAAAGCUCCAGUUCUUCAUAUGGAGGUGCUCCAGAAAUGGGUUGGCAACGAAAGCGAGGCUUUUUCAUCGGAAAUGUGCCUCUAACCCGAUUUGUCGGGUUUGCAAUAACCCAAACGAAUCCAUCUCGCACUGCCUCUUUUAUUGCCCUCAUGCUAGUGAAGCUUGGAGUAACAUCUUCCCUUCUCUCCCCCUCCCUCCCCAGGAUUCUUCGUUCUUUGAUUGAAUUUGUGCUAUUAAGGAGGUCAUUUCAUAUGAUUCCCCUUAUCCAUAUUGUUUUCCUUUGCUGGAAUAUAUGGAGGCAAGGAAUGAGUGUACGUUCAAGAAUAGAGUUCCUUGGCCUCCUAACAUUGGUCUGCAAACUUUUAGAGAACUUUCCGAAUGGACUUCCUGUCCGAGGCCCUAGUCCCCCAAUCAUGCCUCUCCGGCUCAGCUCAGGGGAACCCAUUCCACUACGACUCCCCCGCCAAGUAAUCAUCCUAUGGAGAUUCACUGUGAUGGGUCGUUCAUUAGCAAAUCUCAGCCGGCGGCUUAUGGUGUUGUUGCGGUUAACCACCAUGGACAAGUGUGUGAUGGGGGAGCUGAGACUCUUCUUUGUUCCACCCCGAUUGAAGCGGAAGCAAGGGCUCUCUUAAAAGGUUUAAAAUUAGCACAAGAAUAUGGAUCGGAAUGCAUUGUUCAAUCUGACUGUCAGGUACUGGUGAAAGAUUUGGGUAAAGGUAAAUCAAGAUGGCCAUGGCGCUGUGCAGCAUGGAUGGGGUCUAUGAUCAAUAUCCUCGGGUCAAACCCUACUAUUAAAGUCAAGGAGGUACCAAGAGCGAUGAAUGUUAGAGCGGACUGGGUUGCACAAUCUAAAGCGAGAUCUAAUCUGCCUGUUGACUGGAUCAAUAUUCUUGAUCUAAUUUUUGAUCUUCUGUAAGAUUGUAAUUUACUCAACUUUUUCGAGGGAGGAAUAAAAGUUGAAUUAUUUGUCCAAAAAAAAAACCCUACUGAUAACCCACUAUGAUGUGAUGUUUAACAGAAAGAUAAUUAAGACAUACUACUAGUAGUCUAGCAUCCUAGGUACGUGGAUGUAAUUAUUAAAUAUGGCAUAGUACAUGGGUUGAAAACGACAUUAAGUCCGUACUUAGUUUAAUGUAAUAAUCAAAGUUUGGCAGACAAGACAAGUAUAGUGUGUGUAUUGAGCCUAGCAUUAUUAAUCAAGUCCACCUCGGCAUCCUACAGCUAUAAAAGUAAGAGCUAUGGAUGGGAGGUUGUCAUUAAGGUGAAGAUUAGGGGAUUUGGUCGGGAUUAAGAUGCCUUAGUUAACUACUAAUGAAUUCACGUACACUUCCUCUGCUCUAUGAAAUGUUGUUUGCUUGUCUUUGUCUUAUCAUAUUCAUAUAUUUUUUGAUUAGAGCAAAUAUAUUGAUCUCAUAAAAGCCAGGAUUAUACUCAAAAGAAUCUCUUGAAAAUCAAGAAGUCAGGCGAAUUGCGAGUUCCAAUAGUAUCUCCCCAUGUUCGCUUUGCAUGAUUUAUCCUUUUCUUAACUACUAUGUAUUUUCAACAUGGAUUGAUGCUCUUUCUUUCUGUUGCCAUCACAAACUAUGGGCAUUGGUCGAUUCGAUCUAGAAUCCGCUCAAAUUCAGAUAAAUUCAGAUCAAAUAAAAAAAAUAAUCGGAUCAAAAGUAUGUCUAGUUCGAUUAAUUUGGUUCGACUUAUUUUAAUUCAUAUUUAAUUUCGAUCCACUUUUCUUCAUAUUUAAGAUAAUUUGUAAGAUAAAAAACUGAAUCGUAACAUAUUCCAUCCAAUUUGAUUCGGCCCAAGUAUCAAUUUGACACAAUUUAAUUCAAUGUAAACUGAAUCUUUGCCCACCCCCACCCUUCACUAUCUAACUCCCUACGGAACUCAAUAAAGAAUAUUUAAGUUUAAGUUUGGUAUCAAGUUUAGUUAUAGGGACCUAAAAUUUACCAUAGGGCUCAAUUACUUUCACCUAACUUUAGCGCUAACCAAAACUUAUCUACGUUAAUUAGCUCUAUACUAUGGGUGAUUUUCUUUCUUAGUUGAAUUUUAUCGAAAGAGACGAGAAUCGUAACAUAACAUGAAUAAGAAAUAUAUUUUUCUAUCCGUAGCUAAGUUUAUACACACGAUCUCGAACUCCAUUACCUCAUUACAUUACAUGGGUCAGAUUGACUUACGUCAGGUGUAUAGUAUACGUCAGGUACUACUAGUGAGAUAUCUCUAUUUAUCUAGACCAUGAAUUAAAUCGAGUUUGGGGUAUGAUACUAUACUCUAACCUCUAAUGGAUAAACCCCAGACACCGAUUUUCUAAACCCCAACCCGAAGUUAGAUUUAAUGAAAAACAAAAAUUAACCGUUGAGAUCGGCCGGAGCUCAUCUGAAUACAUCUAACGGCUAGAUCACAUGAUGUAUAAUAUACGCCCUGACGUACA